UUGUGUGUUGCUUGUGCUCUGAGUGCCAUGAAAAUUAUUGAAAGAAUGCUAAACACUUGAAAAAUUGUUUGCAAAAAAUUUAGACACGCAGCUGCAAGGAAAAAGUAUAAAUAACAUAGUUGCGCUAGUUGUAGCUAAAGCUUAUAUUUAAUUAUAAUAUAUGUAGCUCAACAGCUGUGCGCCAGUUAUACAUAAAUAAGGCACUCGCAUGCAGCUAACAAGGCAGCAACAACAAAAGUAAUUAAAAUGCGAUUUGGUUAAAAAUAAAAGAGGACUGGCCAAGCUGUGAAUAGUCGGUCUGCAUGUACGAGUUUCAGGCCUUAGAAGCCAGUACCAGUGGCAGUAAAGACGAUGCAUUUUACACACAUACUCUGAGUAGCGAAGAGCAGAGCGCAGCGCAGCGAAAACCACAAAGUAUUAAGAGAGAACCUUUAGUAUUCUUCAUCAUGCGUCUGAAUCUGAGAGCAGUGCUGUUGCUACUCAUUGUCUCCGUAGCAGUGAUUACGUUUUGCAUUUAUAUGCGCUGUGAUGCGUUUAGUUUCUCACCGGAAUUUGUGCGUCAGCUGGGCCGGCGGCAAACGUCAGAGACGGGGCUCUUACAUGCAACACAGUCGCUGGCAGCGCCGCUGCAGGACAUUGAGUGCUCCAUUAAUCAAGAGUACAGCAUACACUGCAAGCGGGAUGAGAACGCCAAUGAAGUUUAUGUGCCUUUCUCAUUCUUAAGGCAAUACUUCGAUGUAAGCGGCGCUGUAAGUAGCAGCGGCGGCGGCGCAGGCAUCGAGUCACCCAAGUUCAAUUGGAUGCAUAGCACUGCCAAGGUGAACCUGCCAAAAGGCAAAUACGAUACGCGUGGCGUUUUCAUGUACUUUGAAAACUACAAUGUGGAAGUGCGUGAUCGCGUCAAGUGUAUAAGCGCCGCCGAGGGCGUGCCCGUCAGCACACAAUGGGAAAAGCGUGGCUACUUUUAUCCCACACAAAUUGCACAAUUCGCCUUGGCGCACUACAGCAAAAAUUUAACAGAGCCUGCGCCGCGUGUUCAUGUGCUGGAGGAUGCCGAUAGCAAUCAGCUGGAGUGGUCCACGCCCAAGACAAGCAAUAUGUCACGCAUUUGGCAUCACAAGUUCAAUACAAGCAUUGUGCAAUUCGAAACAACCAUUGGCUAUGAGAGCGCCAUUAGCAUACAACUGAACCAGACGCUGGAUUUGGUGCUUAGCGUGGAUCUGCUGCUGGUCACCAACAGCAGCAGCCUCAUGGUUACUGUGCUCAACCGCGACAACAAGCAUCGCUAUAAUCUACACUACAUAGCUGCCGAACUGCUGCUCAGCGUGCAGGAGUCGAACAUAUAUUAUGGACUGGGAACUGGCGCCUUGAACAAAUGGCGCCACAUGACUCGCGACUUGCAUAUUGAUGUGCAAAAGGGCAUUGUCAUGGGCGACAAGCGCUCGCCGCUGAAGGUGCGACGCAGCGAUCUGGAGGUGCUUUCGAUAGCCUUUUUAGGCAUAGGCUUUUAUGAUAAUCUAACGCUAUCGACGAGCAAUCACUUGGCGCAUUUCUAUGAUGCCGCCGAGUGGUUUGUGCACAAUCAGGAUCACAAGUCUGGUGGCUGGACCAAUCCAGUGCGUCGCAGUCUAAAUGGUUUUGCCGAACUGCGUCCUGGCUGGAUAUCCGCCAUGGGCCAGGGGCAUGCCAUAUCUGUGCUGGCGCGCGCCUAUUGGCACUCUGGUGGAGAUGAGCGCUACUUAAGAGCGGCUGCCUUGGGACUACAGCCAUAUCGUGUUUACUCGCGUGAUGGUGGCGUGCUGGCUCAAUUUAUGGACAAGUAUUACUGGUACGAGGAGUAUCCCACAACGCCCGCUUCGUAUGUGCUCAAUGGUUUCAUCUAUUCGCUGCUUGGUCUCUAUGAUCUGAACAGCACAGCGCCUGGAAAGAUAGCGAGAGAAGCUGGCAAGCUCUUUGCGCAAGGCAUGUACUCGUUGAAAAAAAUGCUGCUGCUCUACGAUACUGGCUCUGGCACCAGCUAUGAUCUGCGUCAUUUGAGUCUAGGCGUCGCACCCAAUUUGGCACGCUGGGAUUAUCAUGCCACGCAUGUCAAUCAGCUGCUGCUGCUCGCCACCAUAGACAGCGAUCCAUUGAUAUUGCAGACAGCGGAACGCUGGAAGGGUUAUAUGUUUGGCAAGCGUGCCAAACACAACUGAGAGCGACGCAAGUUGGCGGCAGUUAUUGCUGCUGCCGCUUGGCGGCCACCCCACAAGUGAUAUAUACUUUUGUUUUCGAUUUUUUUGUAAAACCAACCAUUUGAAAUGGUUGCGUCUAUGCCGCGCGUCUCUUCCCAAUUUUGUUUUUAACGAAUUUUAAGCUUAGUUUAUGUUUGAGAGUACACAUGCUUUCAAGUUUUUUAUGUUAGCCUUAAGCGUAAGCGUACCUUUCUAUAUUGUGUAUAACUUGGAAAUUUUGCAUAAUCAUUUGUUGAAAACUGUAGCUUAAUUGUUUAAUAACUUGUAUAUGUAGCUGCACGCGUUUUUCACUGGACAAUAUCAUAGCAACUUGUAACUAACAGAAAAAACUUAAGUGUAAAGUGAUCCGUAGCUUAAUAUACUCUUGAAUUUAGUGCUGCAAAUAAUUACAAUUCUUACAAUAACUAUUGUAUGGUAGAUAACUUUUUACAGCGCAAAACUAAGUAGAGUUCGUUAUUUAUAUAUGCCCACAAUCGAAUGUAUAAAGUAAAAACUGUAGAGCUUAGCAAUUAUAACUAUAGAGUAAACACAGACACAAUUUAGAGACGAUUAAUGUUAGUUGGCAACAGCUGUACUUCAAUACUUCUAAAAACACGAAAUAGCUAUUUUAUAUUUUGGUCACACAACUUUGUAAAUAGCAUAUAAAAGUUCGUUAGUUUUUUGUUUAAGUUCACUACUUAAUACAACUGCAUUUAAAACUAGUUUACUUAACUACACUAUUUUAAACUCGACGCAAUAAUUUAGCAACGUAGAAUAAACGAAUGAAUUUAUUCAGUUACAGCUAUUUUAAAACUAAGCACGUAAAUUAGUUUCUCGACUUAAACGAUGCCAUUCCAUUUAAUUUUAGUUCAACUUUUAGUUCUUAAUACUAACACCAAUGCUGUCAAUUAAUCAAACUAACCAAUGUAUCGAUUACAUUAAUUUGCCAGUUACACAAUUUUUAAAACGAGACUGUUAACAAAAACGAUUAAAUUAAGCAUUCGAAAUUGUCGUACUUACAACAUCAUGUUCUUGUGUUAUCAAUUUAUUUACAAUUUGUUUAAUUGUUGUAACAAAAAAUAUAUAAAACGCCUCUAUAAACACAAUUUUUUACACUUAACUAUGUGGGGGUGUGGGGGAAAACUAAAUUAGUACUAUAUCCAUGGGAUUUUGGUCAAGAGCGUUGCGAAGUUAAUACAUGUGAGCGUAUUGAAGGCGGG